AUGUUUCCUGUUAGACUAAACCGCGACGAUAGGAAGUCGUCCAAGAAGACAAACAAAACAAACAAAAGAAAGACCUCAACCAAGGAUUCAGCAGAUCCUACCACGGCUCGUUCAUCAACUUCCCGAAGGUCCUCCAUGCCUGGACUUGAUAGAUCAGAGGCAGCCUCGUUCCUUGAGUCGAGAACUAGUCUGCCAUAUCCUACUUUCUCCAAAGCUCACAGCAAGGAAGGCGUCCGAAAACCGAAUAUCCCCACACCGGACCCGACCGAUUUGACAAAUGACGACGGGAAGAACCACCGCGAGAAUCACCAUGCGCCUCCUAGUCCGCCCCUAACGGGGCUCGACCAAGAGUCGAGGAAGGGCAGUAUCGUGAACGAGGAUGAGAAAGAGACAGACAAGCCCAAGAAAACAAAUAUCAAAAUCAGAGCCCAAGUCAACCGGUCAUCGUCGAGUCUCCGGUCGAAACGGGAUGAUAGCACCAAAUCCAAGUCUAGCAAGACCUCGCGAACGGACACAGAGACGCCUACGAAAACUAGAAUACCCAAGGAUGAGACUGAAUCAUUGCCUCGGUCAUCAAGCCACAAAUCCAAGACGAAGGUUUCCGAUGACAGGAAGCUGCCCAAACGGUCUAGUCGCUCGACGAUGUCUGCCUCACAGUCGAACGUUACGCUUCGUGAUAUCGGCACAGAGUCAGCCAACGGGUCCGACGCGACGUCUAUUGCCCCCAACCAGCAGCAGUCGGUGCCACGAAAACCCAUGACACCACCUACAAAGCCUCCCUCUCGCACCCAAAACCGAUCAGCCAUGUCCCAUCACCGCACUACCAGCGACGAAUCGAUUGAUUUUGUGAAGCCAAUGAACCCGCACUCAUUUGGCGCGCCCCCGCCGCCCCCACCCCCGCCCGAAAUGCCUGUUACUAUCCCUCGAGUUGACUACUUGCUGAAAAAUGGUGGGCUGGAAAACAAGGUCUCCAGAGCACUGCUGGCAAGCCUCGGGCAGAAGGAUCCAUUCUCACAAGGACAACCGCAGUCCCGAGCUAUCGCUAGCAAGAUUUUCGAUCCGUAUAAUCGCUUACUCGAUGACUACCAAAAGGUCAUGAGUAAAAAUGGAUCUCUUGCUGUCGCAACAGGCUACCGGUCCGUCGCCCGGCGUCUAUUAGACCGUCUCGAAGCUGUUUUCGCGCGCGAUAUCUCGUCCGAACCAUGUAAUUGCCAGAUAUGCGAUCAAGCAGACGCCGACAAUCGACCCGAUGGGGUGAGCUGGGGUGAGGUUCUGGAGCUUGUAUCUGGUCGCAGGGAACUUCCCAUGUGGCCCCCAUUCACGAUGGCACCGACCGCCGUAGAUACAGGCGCACCAGGCGAUGAGCAUGUUCCGAUGCAGAAGCUUGAUGUUGACGUUCCUGAAGAGUACCGUGACCACUUCAUACGGCAAUCUCGAAAGACGAAGAUCGCUGUCGACAAAUGGCUCUACGAGCAGAAUGAUCCAGGCACCAGUGCUCCUAAUGAGGUCGACGAUGAGACGUUGACCUUCGCCAUGCUAACCCAUCUCGAACCCCACCAGCGCUCAUUGUUUUGCGCUUUGCUCGGCAUCAACUCUUCUACUCCUGUCCCACGAUCCGACGACGAAAAACCCCGACCAAAACCUUCGGCGCUUAUCUCGUCGGCAUCGGCCAUCCAGCGACUUUACCGACUGUCCUCCCUCCCUCGCGACCCAGAAACUGCUAUGUACAUGUUGAAUAACCCUACUCUCCACCAUGUCCUCGCCACCCUUUCCGCCAUUAGCGAUGACGAGUGGGAGAUUCUCAUCUCGGGCCGCUUCGACGGAUUCCUUCGCAGCGGCGCAGAAGACACAGGCCCCGUGAACACUGGGUCUCGCUACACCAGUCGCUCCAGCACCCCCUUAGGCGGCGGUAUCUCCCGAGGACCGACACCCAACUACAUGGACGGCAGCUUCCGACCCUCGAGCCAAGUGAACGGACCCACAUCUCCCGCCUCAUUCGGCGGGCCGAUCGCUCUAGACGAGGAAACCGAAAUCGCGGCGUUGGCAGAAGUCGAGCGCGAUAUUUUCCUCGGAAUGGAAGCCCUCGAAGACGCCUUCGAAGCCCUCCACUGCAAAGCUGAAGCCGUGCGUCGCGCACUGCGCGAACGCGGCGCGGGCCUUUCCGUAGCAAGCCAAAGUCGCCGGGGCUCGUUCGUCGAAGCGCGCAUGGGCACGCCCUUCUCAGGCGUUGGCACGUGGGAAAGUGGUGGCGAAGACGACUUCCUCGACGACGACCGCUCUCUGGCGCCGGAUGACUCGGCGAGUAAUAUCAGCUCGAACCGACGUCGUCGACCUAAGCGCCGCACGGAGCGACGCACGCCUGCUCCUGUUGAGGAGGAGGACGAAGAAGAGGAUGGUCUUGGUCGUCGGGAUACGCGCAAUUCGAGACGUAGAUAG